CAGCAAGGUCAGAGGCCCAGUCCCGGGGGACAAGGGGCAUUACGGAGAGGAACACCGCCCUGGGAGGCAGGCGGGGGCGGAGCAGGGGCACUCAGGGCCCCUCGGGCCGCGGGGCCAUGGUCCCUUUCUGAACGGCCUAACGCAGGAAUGCCCAGCUGGCUUCCAAGUGCUAUCUGGUGUCGCGGGCGAAGGGCAGGCCCGGGUGGGUGGGAGCAGAUUCUUUCCCGCUGCCUCACUGCCGCUCCGAGAAAGGAAGUGUCAGCGCCCGGCCGGCGCCCUGCAUGCAGCCGGCCACCCGUCUGUGAGCAGGUGUGCCCGCCACGUCCAGCCGCCUCGAGGGGGACACUGUCACGGAAAAUGCACCAACCUCCUCAAGAAGUUUAUGGAAAUGACUCCUAAAGAGAUCUGGACACUAGUGAAGAAAUGUCCCCUGACAAGAAGUCGCAUAUAAACAGGUCACAAGGCUGGAAGAAUCAGAUGGGCAGUGAUGACAUCAAAUAGUGGCACGAAAAGAAGUUUUAAAACUGCAGAUCCUACAACCCAGUGAGGCAGGCACCUGCAGCUCCCACUGCUGUUAACAGAGGAAAAAAAAAUCCUCACUUUGCAGUUGCAUCUGGUUGACAAGAAACUCUAAUUUUGUGGGAAGAGGGCUGCAUCUAACCCUCGCCAGAGUCAUCAGCAGAGGCGCACCCACAGCCAACAGCGGCGCUCUUCCUGUAGCCAAAGACAAUGCAGGGAAGCAAGAAGUGUACAGAUGGGUUCAGCGACUCCUCCAGCAUCGGCAGCGUGCUGGAUGACGCAGACAGGGAGGUGAGCAGCCUCACAGACCGGGCCUUUCGGAGCUUGUGCAUCUCAGAGGACACAUCCUUCCACGACUCCGAUCUGGCCCUGUCCCCGGAUAUCAACCGCCAGGUGUUUGGGACUUUUCACCAGGGAACAGUAAGCCACACCCACAGGAAAAGUGGCAUUUGGAGUCAGUUACCAUCGCAAGGCACAGAGCACGCAGGCUGGGCGGCCACCUUCCAACAGCUCCCCAAGUACGUUCAAGGGGAGGAAAAAUAUCCCAAAAGCAGCCCCCCGCUGACACCGGCCCAGAGGAGACUGGAAGUGCCAGUUUCUGGCCUGAGGAGCAGCAACAAGCCUAUCUCCAAAGUAUCAUCAUUAAUUAAAUCUUUCGACAGGACUGAGAGCCAAUGUUGCGACAGCAGGCCUCCUACUAGCAAGCCCCCGGCUCUGAAAAAUCCCCCCAAAUUUGCUCCUCUCCCAGAAAGCAGUGUCAACUUCUGUUUUGAUUCUGCUUUUUUGACAGUCAGGAGAGUGCCUGCCGAAGUCUCCAACAUCCAUCAGAACAGCCACCAGCCUGGCAGGAAGCAUGACGAACAGGACUGUCCCAAAAACCCUGAAGUGGCCUGUCACAGCUCCAGCAGCUUCCUCCCCACACCUGACAACGUGGCCAAUUUAUCUGAGUUGCAGCUCCCCUCCCCACCCCACAAGCCAGCCGAGGGGCAGCCUGGGAGAGGCAAGGAGUGGGCGCAGAAAGGCGCCUUUCUGCACAGUGAAAAUAGUGCUUUUGAGUCGUGGAACACCCACCAACCAAAGCUGCUACAGAGAAAGGACACUGCUGAAACCAUCCCAGAAAGCAAAGCUCCCAGACAUUAUGAGGACAUGCCCUUGCUACGAGAACCCCAUCCUCCUGAGCGUAAAGUCUCUCCCUGCCAAGUCCGGGCCAGCUGCUGUCAGGAAGAAAACAGACUGGCAGCAGGGGCUCUGUCCACAUCUGGACCCUGGGGGUCUAGGGAUCCCGGAACCCAGGUAUUCACUGGGGAGGGAAAAGCUUCCAGCUCACAGCUUGAGCCUCAGGUGAAGUCAACGCAGCCCCCAUGGAGGAAACCAAAGACUAGCAAAGGAGGAAAAGAAAAUCUACAAGAUGCUUCGCAAGAAAGACCAGCCAACAGGAGAGGCCUACCUUUGUAUACAAAGCACAACCCCCAGGGUCAAUUUCCAGAAAAUGAUGCUCUGGACAUGCCUGUGGAUCCUCGUGAGCAUUACGAUCCUCCUUUUAACAUCAGUAAACUCUUGACACCCAUAAUACCCACCAAGCAUGCCCUGGAGUCAUCAGACAGACAGCCCGGGGACAUAACCCCAUCCCCUCCAGGACAGCUAAAUGGAUACCAAGAGAAGGAGCCCGAUGAAUGUCAGUCGCGAGACAGCUACAAGUCCAAAGCCCCCAGCCUGCUGUUCAACCUCAAGGAUGUGCGGAAGCGUGUUAAGAGCACAUACAGUUCCUCACCUCUCUUGAAAGGCCUCGAUGAGAAAACCAGAGGUAAGGCAGACCACAAGCAAGAACCCAUGAGCAAUGGCAUCGUCCUUUCCAACAGGCUUGAGGAAAGCCCCCCAAAUCAGCUUUCCACGGAGAGACCAGCUGAUGCACCUCCUGCAUUGCAUAUCAGUACCCAGAAGGACCCUUUGGAUGACCCCAGUGAGUCCUCUGCGGACAGCUACCCAACCCUUAGCUCACCUCCAGCUACCGCCGAGGUCCCCCUCUGUGUCAACAGGGAGGCCGCCGAAAGGAGCAGUCACGAAGAGGACACCAACCAAGAGUUGGAGAUGGUCCCCGCCAGGUCCAGCUGGUGUCCAGACUCCGGAGAACCCCGCCCCAGGAAGCACCUAUCCCUGAAGCUCUGCGAUAGGGAGGCUGGGGCUGAAAAGGCUGCAGAGACAGCAAAGACCCACCAGCUAGAGAAUGGGCCCUGGAGAUCCAUCUCCCUAGAGACAGAACCUGAGAGAGAGGCAGGACUACAGAACACACACUCAAACCAGAAAUUGUCCCCAGGGCCCCUCUCUCCUGAGGAGGAGGAUGUUUUUUACAGCGACAGCCAGUCUGAUUUUAUGCCGGCCCUCCAAAGUAAGGCCAAGUUCAGCACCAGCUCUUCAGAUCAGUCCUUUGCCUCAUUUGACGAUCAGCAGAAGACAUGGUUUACCGAGAGCCAGCAGGAAGACAGGAGGAAAGACAUGAGUGCAGGUGACAAUCAGAAGGAAGGGAAGGAAGACGUGGUGGGGAAAGAGGAGCCACAGUACCGUGCCUUAAGUAACGGGCACACGUGCGUGGAAGACCACAGCAAGGGGGGAGCGCUGCAAAGAGAAGGGGAAACUUUAGCUGGUGGAAGACUCAGAAAGGAGGCAUGGAGUGAGGAAGCUAAUUUCAGAGGCUCUUGGAUCGGGGGAAGUGAGGAUACAGCCCUGUCACAUGCCAAAGACCUUACCCCCCCACCAGCUUCCGCUACGAACAAGCACAUACUGUUUACUAUUAAGGACAACACCCUCCGAGCUACCCCUGUAAUAAAACCUAUCAUGCUGCCUCUCCUGAGGACCAUGUCCUCAGAGGACCCGCUGGGCAGCAGUCACAAAGAGGAGGAAUCGCCAAGGCCAGGAUGGGGCGAGGCUGCUGCUCUCUGUGCCCCCAAGAGCCAGGAAAUGACUGGCACCCCAAUACCCGCAAACACAUGGGGCACACACUUGAAGCAGGUGGCCUAUGAAGUCACGGAGGACCCUGGGCAAGUGUCCAGCACGGCCAGGAUGGAGGCCUUCCAGCCAGCCCCGACGGAGAAUCUCCCAUCUCCAUCACUGGUGGGAGGGGGGGAUGGGAUGAAGCUCCCCCCAGAGGCAGCACAUAAAGUCGGGAGGAGGGACGGCCAGAGCAGUUCCACAGACUCCAGCAAGCUGGGGGCUCCGUGGCACAUCCCCACCAUCACUUUACCCGAGGGCGACUUAGAAGACCAGCCACCCCCCCAGCAGCUUGGAACCUGCUGGGAAGAGCAAGCACAAGAUUUCAAAAGUCACUUUCUGUCUACACCCAGAACAAGGCCCCCCAGGAGAAAACUGGUCCCAGGAGAUGUGGCGAAUUCCCCCAACCCCAGCUCCCUGGGGGACAGCAGCGCCUGCUCCCCGGCCGCCAGCAGCGUGUGGGACGACGCUUCCCAGGCCCCCUGCGACCCGGGGCUGCUGCCCGAGGAGCCUCCCAGCGCCAGCCCCUGGGCCAGCCCCGGCCCUGCUAGAGUCACCCGGCGGGAGGACGUGACACACGCCCUGGUGUGGGAGGCGGGCACCGACCCCCAGCCCGAGCCGUGGACAGACCACCCCCGGACACUCUCCCCGAGAGGCUCGUGGCUGGACGUGGCCCCCAGCUCGGCAGGCCCCCCUGAGACACCGGAGCCCCCUGCUCAGCUGGAGAGGGCGGCCGGCAAGCCCCCUGCAGUCCCACCCAAGACGGAGAAGGCCCUGCGGCGGGCGAAGAAGCUGGCAAGCAAGAGGAGAACGACCGACCAGGCUCAGGAGAAGCCCGGCGAGCCCCGGGAGGCGCAGCCCUGGCCGGGGGACCCGGAGCGCGCGGAGCGCAGGCCGCCGUCCCCCGGAGAGAGGCCCCGCGCCGCCUUCCCCGCGGUCCGGUCCCUGCCCCCUCCCGCGCACCGCCACUCCGUGUCCGGCUUCUUCUCCGAGGUUGCCGGGCGGAGGCCCGGGGGUCCCCAAGCCCUCACGCCCCUGCCCCCUUACCCUGCCACCCAGAAGGUCCUCCAGGAUCCCCAGUCUGGAGAGUACUUUGUCUUCGACUUGCCGCUCCAGGUGAAAAUCAAGACCUUCUAUGACCCAGAGACCGGCAAGUAUGUCAAGGUCUCGGUCCCAUCCUCCCAGGGGGGCUCCCCGGAGCCGCCCCCGCCGGACGCCCCCGCGGCUCCCUAUGUGCUGUAUGCCGGCUGCCGGCCCGUGCCCGUGACCACCCUGAUGCCGCUGCGCUGCUCCUCGCAGCUCAGCGCCCCCACCUUCCUAAGGCAGGGCCCGCGACCCCCCACGGCCAGGCCCCAGAGCGCCCACGAGGCUGGACUGCAGCCGGCCCCGGGGCCUCAGGGCGACUCCACCUGGCACUCUGCAGGCCAGCGCCCCCUCGGGCCUCCCCCGAGCCGGGAAGACCAGGGCGCAGAAGCUCCGGGCCUGGACAUCAUCUCCACCGACGACCUGGAGGACUUUGCCACAGAAGGCAUUUCUUGAGAAUUACAGCAGACUGACUCACCCUCAGCCCCAAAUAAACCCAGAAGAGCUUCCUUCCCUCUCCCCCAGAACAAGCAACCGCUCACGCACACACAGACAUCGACAUAUACUUGGCCAUUUGAGAUCCCUAAAACCCAAAAGGAAGUGGGAUUCUGAGACAGCCCCAUCUGAAGGCUCCCUGACGAGGGGCGCUGCUUGCAUGAUGCGGUCCCCUCUGUGUCCCUUCCCAGAUCUGCUCCACUCCAGUCCCCUCUUCCUCUCCCUUCCUCCUGUCCUGGCCUCCCCCGCCCUUCUCUGGCCCCGCCACCAGAUUGGGUGUGGUACAGGACACCACAGGCCUGAUCCCUAAAGGUCUCUCUGCCCCUGCAUCCCACCCACUCCUUCUCAAGGGUAGGCUCCCCUGAGACCCCCAGAAAUGCUGAGCCCUGCUGUGGGCGGGGAGCACCCAACAGGCUGACCACCCACCACACCCCUCCUAGGGUUGGUGGGUGCUUCACCUUGGUUCACCUUGGACACAGCAGUGGGUUUCCAGGUCACCUCAGCAGAACUAUCUGAGGACUGACCCAAGGCAAUUUUGCAGAAAUAUUUAUUUGCAUAGAAUGGGUUUUCUUCACAAAGGAAACUAGCCUCUGAAAGCUAUUUUCUGAUAAAGAAAAGGCUGCCUUUUAAAAAGUGAAACACGUUUGCAGAUGUGGUUCUGUC